CUAAAUCCUCGGCUCUCUUGUUGAGCCCGUUGAGAAACGGAAGUCCACUUUUCCGCCUGAACAUAAACAACCUGUCGACCCUCUCAAAAUGAUUACACAGUCCUCUCCAACGGAGCUCUCAUACGUCGGCACCGCUGUGGUCCUCUUCGCAGUUUUGCUUUGGUGGAUAAUAUCGACGUUGACCUCUCCAUUGCGACCUUAUCCCGGCCCUCUUUUCGCUAAGUGGACGAACCUUUGGCGUUUAUAUCAAGUCCGGACUCAGAAAUACCAAUGGACCAUUCAAAACCUUCACAAGAAAUACGGUCCCAUUAUUAGAAUCGGUCCAAACUUACUAGAUCUGGACUAUCCCGAACUGAUCAAAAUUAUAUAUGGUACAGACCGUAGAUGGCUCAAGACACAGUUCUAUAUCAAUAACAGUAGUAUGGUGGAUGGUAAGAUCAAGCAUAAUCUGUUCAGCACAACGAGCCCAGCAGAACACGCACAGAUGAAAAAGCCGAUGGCUAAGUAUUAUGCAUCAAGCAAUGUUCUGACCUUGGAGGUAAAGAUGGACCAAGUAAUCGAGGAGCUCUGCAAACAAAUCGACAACCGGUUUCUAGAGGACGACAAAACCUUUGAUCUAGCAGAAUGUCUGGGAUUAUGUGUGUACAUUCUUGGCUUCCAAGCUUGACUGCUCACUCACUGUAUCAGAUACUUGGGACAUGAUCGGUUCUUUGACUUUCAGCCAGCCCUUCGGGUACAUGAAAAAGGGGUCACGACUUUGACGGGACCAUCAUAGCAUCUGCACUAUCGGUAGACUACUUCGCUCAAAUCGGCCAAAUGCCCUUCCUGGACUGGCUUCUCAACAAGAAUCCCAUGGUGCGCAGUGGUCCUCCGGAUAUGAGCCAUGUCACUCACUUCUCGAUCGCCCAACUACAGCGCCGGCUUGAGCAACAGGAGCAGCGCAAGUCAUCAGAAGAGCCAGACUUUCUAGACCACUUCAUUGAUGGAAUGGAGAGCAAUCCAGAUUCUAUUAAUGCAAAGCUCGUGCUAAACUUCCUAUUAGCUAACAUCCUUACUAGAGCAGACACCACUGCGAUUACACUUCGUGCUAUCUUUGACUUUUUGUUGCAAAACCAACAUGCCAUGACCAAGCUCAAGAGCGAAAUCCUCAUGCUGGGCUUCAAUGGUGCUGAGGCUGUGCCAUACAGUAGAGCUCGAUCGCUGCCUUAUCUUGACGCUGCCAUCCGGGAAUCGCUGAGAAUGCACCCCUCUGUCGCUAUGCCUCUUGAGCGCUACGUUCCAAAUACUGGACUGACGUUACCAGACGGUAGCUUCAUACCUCCUGGAGUUGCCGUAGGCUUGAACCCAUACAUCAUCGGUCGCAAUGAAGUGGUCUGGGGUGAAGACACUCAUCGAUUUCGUCCUGAUCGAUGGCUCAAGGCAGAAGACGAAAGUGAAGAGGAAUACCAGCGGCGUUUGAGGAAGAUGAAUGGAGCCGAUCUAACUUUCGGCGGAGGUUCUCGAAUUUGCAUCGGGAGACAUAUUGCUCUUAUACAUAUCUACAAGGCUGUAGCUACAUUGGUUUCACGGUAUGACAUUCAACUUGCGGAUCAAAAUGUCAGGAUGAAGAUCGUAUCUGGAUGGUUUCCGCGUCAAACCGGAUUAGUUGUCAGAAUGCGCAAAAGAUCAGAAAUGGGGAAGCUUUGAACAGGAAGGGAACAAAGUUUGUCAGAUUGCUGAGCUAUAUAUCAAUAACCAUUCCUUCAUCUCCAGGAUACAAGGACCCUUCACUCUCAAGUCUCUGCAACAAGUUCUCAAAGUCCGCCCAGUCACAGCCAAUCUCAUCAGGGAGUAUCGGCAUGUUAAAUGGCUGACCCGAGAACGGAUCGAGGAUGCCCUCGUCCAUUGAUAAAUUCGGAUGGCUGAGCAUUGCAGGAUCCGAUUGGCCUAAGGAUUCUGCAAAGGUCUGAUUACCUCCCUGCGGGUCUGUCAAAGGUGUCACAUUUUGAUCGGAUAAGCUUGUUGACGAGUUCAGCGCUGGAGUUCUGUGGUGGCUAUCCUUUGGAGCUGAGAUGGGUCUCAUAGCUUCUUGGACAACACGAAGAAGGCCAUUUAGAAUGGUGUUCAAGCGGUCUUCUUCACUGAGGCCAACACAGUAGCAGCGGACCAAGUCAGCGGCUGUCACGAGGAGCUGUCCUAGUUAGCAUCGUAAUACUCAUAGUAAAUGACUGAACUUACACUUUGGUCAAUUUUGGAGACACGGGA